AUGGACAGGUGGAACCACAAUGUCUUCGACGAGCAGUGCCCGGUGCGACGGAGAUGGGACGCAAUUGCGCGGUCCGCAAUUGCUAAGGUGGUCCCGGGCACAAAAGGCAAGUGGAAGAGAUAUUGUGGUGCAGAAGCAGACAACGGGAUAAAUAAUAACUUUGAUACUAAUUCAUUAAAUAUGGCAAAACCAUUCGAAAUACCUCAAAAGCGAAAGCUACCAAAGUUAAUGGCAUGCAUGACAAAAAACAGUCUUGAAAAUAUGAGAAACAAAGCUUUGUUCAGCUUGGAUACACUUGAUGCAAAAGGAAUCCGUAGACAUAAACUACCUUUACACGAGUGCAUCGAAUUAGAAUUAAAAGAAGCUGGUUUUUUUGAAUCCUCCGAUUAUCUACAAGAUCUUAUUUAUGAUAAUAUUCAGAUUCUUGCAGAAGAUGAAAUUGGCAUAGUGGUUGAUAUUAGGAAAAGGGAGGACUUUUUGGAGCAUAUUUGUGCCGGUUUACAACGGGCCGAAAGGGAACGCGAUAGAGACAACAAAAAGAAAGAGUGCUUGGAGUUACUCAAGCUUGCUUUAUACUAUUCUGAGAAAGGAAAAGGGAUCUUGUGGUUGGCAGAGAAAUUUUUCCUAGCCGCAAUAGCAGUAGCGAGUCAUUAUUUACUGGAUGGUGGAAGACAGAAAGCUUGCUGUAAAUAUCACUACGCCUCAUUUUUGCUUAAUAAAUUUCCAGAUACAGAUGAUAUGGAAGAGGCGUAUGAAAUCUUUUCGGACGUACGUGAUAGUGCAAUAGGAAAGGAUUGGCCUCUGUUUGAGAAUGACAAUGAAAUCACGGAAGCACUUAGGGAUGCUCCGAAUUCUGUUUUUAUAGUGACAGUUUUGGAACUGCACAAAGUAUUAAUGAGUAAAGCAAGGGCUGUUCGAGCCAAAGAUCCGGCUAAAGCAGAAAGAUUGUCACGGUUGGCUGAACGAAGAGCUAAAGAUGCUGGAGAUGUCCCAAAAGCAGCAGAAGCGGUUAUUGAGAUAGGCAUCAGUCAGUUGGCAAUGAACAGUUUAAAUAAUGCUCUCAAAUCGUUUCAAAAAGCCUAUAAAAUAUACGAAGCUAAUAAUGAUGUUAAUGGUUUGUGUAUAUCGAAAAUGCACCUUGCUGCCGUGAGACAAAGAUUAGGCGAUCACGAAACUGCCGCCAAAUUACUCACUGAAAUGGGUGAGUUGGCCAUGCAGAAUGGAUUACGUAGACAUUUAGGUCGUGCUUUGCAUUUACUCGGUGAACUGCACUUGAAAAGAGAGAGACCUGAUCUAGGAACACAGCAUUUAGAAGAAGCGUUUAUGUGUUUUAUGGGAUAUAUUGUACAAAAAUAUGGUGUUAGUAAGCAAAAAAGCACAUUAUAUACCGAUCUAGAUACAAUAUAUAAGACUCAAAAACAGGAAGUUCUUGAUGAAGAUGCUGAACAGUCUAGAGUAAUGAUGGCAAUUUCAGCUGGUCAAGAACUUAUGGGGUCAUACUUCGCAAUAAUAGAAAAAGCAGCUUCGUGCACUGUUGCAAAAGUAAAAGUAAUUGAAUGGAAAUCAUCAAAGGCGUCGUGGUGGAUGGACCAGGAACAUCAUAAGUUCAUUCCAUGUCUAUGUCCAAGUCAUCAGCGAACACCAUUGGAUGUAUUGUGGUAUGUGUUUAUGAAUGCUUUACCGAUUAAUUAUUGAC